AUGCGUCCAUGGAGUAAUGACCAAGUUCUUUUAUGGUUGAGAAAUUCUGGUUACACAGAUGAGAUUGUUAGCGCAUUCCGGUCACAUAAUAUUACAGGCUUGGUACUACCUUUCCUGAAUACAGAGGAAUUGAAGGAAAUGGGGAUUCCGAAUCUCAGAAUAAGAUUGAAAUUGAUGAGGGAUAUCAGUACUGCUUUAUCCGAGUUAAAUAGUGGCUUUCUUUCCUUUGAAAGCGAUCAUCCUGUUAUGUCGCAGCUUCAAUCCACAAUCAUGGCUACCUCGUUGAUCAACAUUCUUUCUCAAAGCAUUCGAGAUGAGGUUAUUUUGGGCUCAGAAAAUGAUAACAAAUCACUUCUGCAUCAAUUUACAAAAUUGAGGGAGGAUCUUCUUCCAAUUCUCAAGGAGUUGAAAGAUAAAAAACCAUUACCAACGCCGGCUGGAGGUUCGGAUGUGAAUUUAAAGUAUAACCAUGCAUCACUAACACGAGAGCAAAUUCAGGGUACACUGCAACAGAAUGAAAUAGAUGAUCACCAAAAGUAUAGAGGGAAUACAAUGUCUGAUGGAGCGACUAUUACUAGCUCCCGAAGCGACCUUAGAAACAGUAGAUUAUCAGAGAUAGAUAAUCAAGACCAGGAAACUAUAAAUUCAUUAUCUUCAGCUAUAUCUAGCGCUGAACUCCUGACUGCAUUUACCGCUGUGAAAGAGAAGCCUCGAAUUGUUCCCUCUGGAAGAAAUGCUCCAGUUAGGAGGACCUCUUCAAACGGUUUAUCUGCAGGUAAACUAAAUGAUAUGACACACAGGUCUAGUUACAAUUCUUCCAAUGAACAGUUAAAACAACUUAGAGCAAGAAAAGAAGAUAGAUGUUACAAGAUAUUACAAGCUGCAAUGAGAAGUCAUGGCUUGGAUAUUUCUGAGUGGAAAAAUUAUGCAUUGGUUAUUGUAUAUGGUGGUGAUCAGGAGCGCAUACUAGGUUAUGAUGAAAUGCCUGUGAUGAUUUUUAAGGAGCUGCAGGAUUUAGGGCUUAAUCCUUCUAUGAUGCUUCGUCAGGUUGACGAGGAAGAUGGCCUUGAUUAUUCAAAGUUCGAUACCCCAGGUGGCCGUUUGUAA